UACACAUAAUUGCUCUAUUUGUGACACUCAAGGUGCAGUUGAUGGUCACUAGACUUGAUGCUGAAUGUUCUGGAUUAUUCUCAUAUCUGUUGAUAGUGAAUGACACCAGACUGGAGGUACUGAGGACUCACUGAUUAUUCACUGUUGUAUUGUUUUGAAGACAUUUUGUGAGUACUGUGGGGCCAUACUUGCGAACAUAAGCAACCAUUUACAUUUAAACCGUUUCUCCGGCUCAAAAUGUGUAUCAGCCAAUUCAAAUCGUUAAUUUACUUGCACGUGACAGAACGCUAAAUUGAAGCUGGUCCCAUCAGAUUAAAAUGGCAAAUGUUAGCCCUAUGCUAACCUCAACAGGUGGCAGUGAUUAUAUCCUGGAACAAGUUCUGCAUCAGCAAAUUUAAAUCGUUGACAUAGUUGGACGUGUUCCAACACUUGUUCAUGGAAGCCUCCUGAACAUACCUGAGUCCAACAGCACAUUCUGAUCAUCCAGGCAACUUUCACGUGUAUUUGACUGACUGUUCAAAUUGCUCUCUAAAGUGCCUAGUCCAUGUAAUUGUCACAGAUUGUGGCAAGGGUUUGAAUCUCACAAGUACUGUGUCAGUGUGAUGAAAAGGGACGUAGCCUACAGCCAACAGCUUGGAAAUGAAGAAUUAAUUUAAUAAGGAGCUACCUCUUUCAGCCUUGCACACAAACUGUAUGGGCCUUACUGAUUCUGUUUUGACUUCCUACAAGCCUUUCAGGAUGCAUGUUCAAGAGCGGGUGAAUCGAGCAGAACGUCAGUUCCAGAGUCUUCCGAAGCAUCACCAGCUGCUGCUGCCCGGGGUCUUGCCCAACCUGGCCCGUAUCCGCCGCAGUGUGGACCACAACCAGGAGGUGCUGCAGGCCAUCGUGCUCAACUGUGUCCACAUGUUUGAGAACAUGGAGUAUGGCGAAGAGGAUGACCUGAGGAAGGUGGGUACGUCUUCCACGUUCGACAUGGACAAGCUCAAGUCCACCAUUAAGCAGUUUGUGCGUGACUGGAGUGAGGCCGGCCAGGCUGAGAGAGACUCCUGCUACCUGCCCCUCAUCCAAGAGAUCCAGAGACUCUUUCCCAGCAACAAGUGUGAUGUGUCCAAGGUGAGCGUGCUGGUUCCGGGGGCAGGGCUUGGUCGCCUGGCAUGGGAAAUCGCUCGUCUGGGUUAUGCCUGCCAAGGCAACGAAUGGAGCUUCUUCAUGCUCUUCUCCUCAAACUUCGUCCUCAACAGGUGUGAAAAGGUCAACUCCAUGACCCUGUACCCCUGGAUCCACCAGUUCAGCAACAACAAGAGGUCAUCUGACCAGACGCGGCCAAUCAGCUUCCCAGAUGUCAACCCCCAGAGCCUGCCUCCAAACUCGGAGUUCUCCAUGGUGGCUGGGGACUUCCAGGAGGUCUACACAGAGCCUAACACCUGGGACUGCGUGGCUACCUGCUUCUUCAUCGACACGGCGCACAAUGUCAUCGACUACGUGGAGACCAUCUGGAACAUUCUGAAGCCUGGAGGCGUGUGGAUCAAUCUUGGCCCACUGCUGUACCACUUUGAGAACAUGGCCAACGAGCUCUCCAUCGAGCUCAGCUAUGAGGACGUCAGGGCAGCAAUUUUAAAAUAUGGAUUCCAUUUGGAGGUGGAGAGAGAGUCUGUCCCCACCACCUACACGGAGAACGAUCAGUCCAUGCUGAAGUACCUGUACGACUGUGUUUUCUUUGUGGCAAGGAAACCUGACCAUCUGUAUGCCAACGGUUACCAGGUGGUCCAUAAGAACAGACCGGAAGCUUCGCAACGGCGAGAGAGCUGCGACAGUCUGACGUGACAUCGUCUGUCAUGACAUCGCAGAGCAACAACUGGAAAAAACGCAAUUGGUCACCACCAAGAGCAUAAAAAAAUUUGUAAGAUGACAGAAACACAAGUCAAUGGACAGGUUUGCUUUCAUGUUUCUUCUUCUUUAUAUUGUCUCAUCGCCAGAGCUGCCAAAUCACCUUCCUUCCUACCCUGAGCCUUUGAGAUUGAGACAGAUGCCUAUUAUGAACUCAAGUGACUAAAUCUUUCAGCACAGGACUUUGUCUUCAGUUAAAGAGGCAAAGUGUUGCCUCUAUCUCCAUGGUGACCUGAUGUAGUUGCAUGCGUGUCAGAGACCCGCCUCUACGUCUUCCCAUUGUAUUUAUUUUGUAAAAUACAGUUACCAACUCUGGCUAUUUAUAGUAUUAUUUUUUUAAUCACUUAAAAUCAUUUGCUGAAGUGGCUGGAGUUGGUUAUUUUAACCUAUAUUGUAUGAUUGGACACAGAUUGAGUUUCAGCAUUACACCCUGGAUCUAGUUACUGUCUCACUUAAUAAAGAGAAACAAUUCUUUAAAAAAAAGAAAACAUUUCAUUGACUGAGAGGGAUUGUCUAAUUUUCAUGACUCAAUAGGUUCUUUAGGGUCAUUCCAUGAAAAGUGCCUUUGAUAUUAAGUAUUAAUUGUGCACCAAUAUUGCAUUUUAAAAGCCUGAUAUUUAAAUGAAGUGCCCUUUAAUAUAGACCACAUGGAGAAUUCAAUAAAUCAGAUUUUUUAAAUAUGAAUAAAGACUUACUUUCGUGCCAAAAAUCCCUUUGUACACCCUCCGUGACUUCUAUAAUGAUUUUAACCCACUUAACCCCAACAUUUCUCCAAGCUUUCACAAUCAUUGUAAAGACCUAGUUAUUUUGUUGCUUUGACAGUCAUUUCUGAAGAUUUU